UCACUCUUUCUUAACGUCAUGUUAACAUCGGUACAAUAUUCACUAAAUAAACAAAGUUUAGUAGGGGUUCUUGAAAUAAGGCUUUAACAACUUACUUCCUCGUUUUAAUCUAAAAUAUAAACCCAACAUUUAACAAAAUCGAGUGUUUGACAAUAACAAACAUAUCAAACAUGGAUUAUAUUCUUCACUUGAUAUUAGUUUUUAUAUUAUUUGGAUCAGCGCGCGGUGAGUGUAAUAGAUCAAAUGGACCUUCAGGUUCAACUGAAUGUGUCUUGUUAUGGCCAUACUACAACAAGUACCAAUGGGCAACGUGUCUGACUGACACGUAUAUAAAAACAUUCACAAAAGGGCGUAACAGAUGCAGGGAUACAUCGGCGACGUACUGCUGGUAUCAGUGUAUGGUAGAGAUGAAUAAUCUAGCUGAAGGGCCAGUUUACGAUAAUUGUACUUGCGGAGCAGACGCUUCAAACAAUGUUACAACACAACGACCGGUCGUGACGUCUCCCAUUCCAAAUUGGUGUUUUAGCCCGUCUGGUUCCGAUUGCAGUUGGUACAAGGAAUGUCUAGAGAAACGUUAUCCUUGCCAGGAGCAUGGUAAUUCAUAUGCCCUGGAUUACGCCGAGAAAUUUUGUAAUUUAUAUCAAGACCAUUACAAAGAGUUUAACAACAUUGGACAAGAAUGGAUCGAUGCUGUAAGAAAAUGUCUACAAGUCAAACUUGUACCCAUCCUUAGACCUUUUGUAAUGGCAACAUGUGAGAGCAUCAGACAACAGGCAUUCGAAUCUCACUCUGGCUGCUAUCUUCAUCCGGAUGUUGGAAAACCAUCUAUCUGUGAGAUUGGCGGUGUUAAUUGGGCUCGUAUAUUUUGGACUGUUAAGGGUGCGCUGAUUCAAGACGCGACAGCAACCUUAAAACAGAUGCUUGAUGUUGUUGAAGCAUGUGGUUCAGAAAUACUUUCUACUGGAAUGGAGAAGAUACAGAUGACAUUCCGACAAACAACUGAAAAUGUCCUGAGGGACUUGAACCAAUUUGCCGAAGGUAUUUCAGAGCAAAUAGCAAGUCAGAUGGAUUGGUACAGAAGAGGCAUAAUCUUGUUUGGGUACCCAACUCUCACAAGUUACAAUCGUAAUAAACGUUCUGCUGACAAUAAGACUGACCUUUUUUACAUCAACCUCCUGAUUGCUUCAAAAUCUGAAUUCGACCUUAACGCCAAUAGUAGCCAGAAAGUUAAUGUAUCAGCGGAGGCGACAAGUGUUGCUAAAGCCAUUGAAAACGGCGAUGCUCGCUUACAAAUUCCAGAGGGGACGGAGUUUACGGAAUUUAGUCUUUGUGUCGACUACAGCUGUACCGAAACUUCUUUACAAGUAAAACCAGCACCGCCAGAGAAGAAGGAUAGGGUAGGAGUAAAUGCCAUAAUGAUAAUCAUUAUUGUAUGUUCAGUAACUUUCGGAAUAGCUCUUAUAGUUUCGGUAGUUGUUAUAUUGCGUAAAUUUAACAAGUGUUAAACCGCAAAUUGCAUACAAGUUCUGUGGUAAAGCACAAAGAAUUCUU